GAAAACGAGGAACUGUUCUCCAAGGUCCUGGGCCUGGACCAGUGAUCUUACAGAAUUCCAAACAUGCAGAUGUCCGAGGUAAAUGCCAUGAAUUACGAAGAGUUCAUUGCAGUUUUUGGCAACACAGUUGAACAUUGUUCUCUGUGUGCCGCCGCCGUCUGGAGGUACCGGCCGUUUAGAGACGUCAGACACUUACACGACGAAAUCUGCAAGUUCCUGGACGAUCUACCCCUAGCAGGUCGUGAAGGGGUCCUGCGAAGCCACCCGGAUCUGGCUGGGAGGUUAGCCAAGGAGGGUAAGCUGACGCAGGAAUCUCAGAUGGAGCAACGCGCCGCUGGCAUGGGUGACCUGACGCCAAAGGAGAGCACCGACCUAGCCAUCCUGAACUUCAGCUACCGCGAGAAGUUUGGCUUCCCCUUCGUAAUCUGCGCCCGGAGGAACAAGAAGGAGGCCAUCAUGGAGGGUCUCAAAACGCGUCUCAACAACUCCCUGGAGGUGGAGGUAGAAAAGGGUUUAGAGGAAGUGAAGAAGAUCUGUUCCCUGCGUCUGCUGGACUUGGUGGAGCACGAAGGAGUAAAGAAUCGACUCUUAAUCCUUCAUGCUGACGGCAAUGACUGUUAACCCUUGAUGCUGACGGCGAUAACUCUUAAUCCCUCAUGCUGACGGCGAUAACUCUUAAUCCUUCAUGCUGACGGCAAUGACUGUUAACCCUUGAUGCUGACGGCGAUAACUCUUAAUCCCUCAUGCUGACGGCGAUAACUCUUAAUCCUUCAUGCUGACGGCAAUGACUGUUAACCCUUGAUGCUGACGGCGAUAACUCUUAAUCCCUCAUGCUGACGGCGAUAACUCUUAAUCCCUCAUGCUGACGGCGAUGACUGUUAACCCUUGAUGCUGACGGCGAUAACUCUUAAUCCCUCAUGCUGACGGCGAUAACUCUUAAUCCUUCAUGCUGACGGCAAUGACUGUUAACCCUUGAUGCUGACGGCGAUAACUCUUAAUCCCUCAUGCUGACGGCGAUGACUGUUAACCCUUGAUGCUGACGGCGAUAACUCUUAAUCCCUCAUGCUGACGGCAAUGACUGUUAACCCUUGAUGCUGACGGCGAUAACUCUUAAUCCUUCAUGCUGACGGCAAUGACUGUUAACCCUUGAUGCUGACGGCGAUAACUUAAUCCUUCAUGCUGACGGCAAUGACUGUUAACCCUGAUGCUGACGGCGAUAACUCUUAAUCCUUCAUGCUGACGGCAAUGACUGCUAACCCUUGAUGCUGACGGCGAUAACUCUUAAUCCUUCAUGCUGACGGCAAUGACUGUUAACCCUUGAUGCUGACGGCGAUAACUCUUAAUCCCUCAUGUUGACGGCAAUGACUGUUAACCCUUGAUGCUGACGGCGAUAACUCUUAAUCCCUCAUGCUGACGGCAAUGACUGUUAACCCUAAUGCUGACGGCGAUAACUUUAAUCCUUCAUGCUGACGGCAAUAACUGUUAACCCUUGAUGCUGACGGCGAUAACUCUUAAUCCCUCAUGCUGACGGCAAUGACUGUUAACCCUUGAUGCUGACGGCAAUAACUGUUAACCUUGAUGCUGACUGACUUGACUGGUGAUCCCUUCUACCGAGUGACUGACACGACUGGUGCUCCCUACUACUGAGUGACUGACACAACUGGUGCUCCCUACCGAGUGACUGACACGACUGGUGCUCCCUACUACUGGUGACUAACCCGACUUGUGCCCCUACUACCGAGUGACUGAUACGACUGGUGCUCCUACCACUGAGUGACUGACACGACUGGUGCUUCUUACUACCGAGUAACUGACACGACUGGUGCUCCCUACUACUGAGUGACUGACACGACUGGUGCUCCCUACUACCGAGUGACUGACACGACUGGUGCUCCCUACUACUGAGUGACUGACACGACUGGUGCUCCUUACUACCGAAUGACUGACACGACUGGUGCUCCCUACUACUAAGUGACUGACACGACUGGUGCUCCUUACUACCGAGUGACUGACACGACUGGUGCUUGCUACUACUGAGUGACUGACAUGACUGAUGCUCCCUACUACCGAGUGACUGACACGACUGGUGCUCCCUACUGCUGACAAGAAUCCGCAUUAUUGGAACUUACGAUAUAUUUCUUCAUCGAGGUUUUAUAUGUAGGUAGUAGGCAGCUACAGAACAGGGAGGUACUACCGCCUGGGAAGAGUAUUGGCAGCAUAAUGUGUUGUCUA